CUAUCGUGCAGUGGACUUGGUAGUGGAUAUGUUUGCAAGACUCCUCUCUGCAAAUGCGGUCACCAUCGACUGUCUGCUGCUUCCCGCUUGGCGCCGCAGCCUCUUCUCGCCACUCUCGAAGUCAUCGAAGAUGUGCAGGAGCGAAUCGAUUGUCGAGUCUUCCAUAUUGGUAGGUGCUGCCAGACACAGCCAGUGUCGGCAUUGCAGUUCAGCAAAGUAGGCCUUCACGGCUUUGAUGACGUGUGUUUUGCCGGUGCCGCCCUCGCCGGUCAGGCACAUGCGCAAUGGCGCGACGUAUUUGUUGUCCCGCAGGUUUUUGUAGUGGUUCAGCAAGUGGCUGUAGAUGAUUUGGAAAGCCCGCAU